UCAUUAUAUAUGGAGGUGCAAUAACACUACACUGAUUACUGAUAUGAACAUCAAACGCCGUCAAUUCAAUGCACACUUUCCCCUUCUUGCAUCUUCUUCUUCCUCCUCCCUCACGCCGUUAACUUCGCCGUCAGUCUACGUUUGUUUGCUGUCUCGAACUCCAACUUCUGCUCUCCAAUGCCUCGUAUUGCUGCCGACGACGAGUUUCACUCCGCCGAGCUCGAAAUUCCCUCCGCCGGAGGCGAUGGCCGCGAUUUACCAACUCUUCGGCAGCUUCUGAAAGAUUCCGGCAGCGUAAUGAAGGAAGACGACGGCGAUGGCGAAGCUCCGGUUCACCACGUGGUGGAUCUCGAUGCUCCUGAGACACCUCCUGUUCCCUUCGUCCUCGCCUUCGACAAUCUCACCUACAGCGUCAGGCUACACCAGAAAUUCGAUCUUCCGUCGUUGUUCUCGCGGCGGAGCUCUGCUCCGGUGAAGGCUCUGCUCCGUGAUAUCUCGGGCGAGGCUUGCGAUGGAGAGAUCCUCGCCGUUUUCGGCGGAAGCGGCGCCGGGAAAUCGACGUUGAUCGAUGCAUUAGCGGGGCGAAUCGCGGAGGGGAGCUUGGGAGGAACUGUAACCCUAAACGGAGAACCUCUUCAAUCUCGGAUGCUGAAAACGAUAUCGGCGUAUGUAAUGCAGAACGAUCUCCUCUUCCCUAUGCUCACCGUCGAAGAAACCCUAAUGUUCGCCGCCGAAUUUCGCCUCCCGCGAAGUUUGCCCAAAUCGAAGAAGAAAGACAGAGUUCAAGCCCUAAUCGACCAGUUAGGACUCAAGGACGCGGCGGGCACAGUCAUCGGAGACGAGGGUCAUCGCGGAGUCUCCGGAGGGGAACGACGGCGAGUUUCAAUCGGAAUCGACAUAAUCCACGACCCGAUUAUUUUGUUGCUCGACGAACCCACCUCGGGUUUGGAUUCAACCAGUGCGUUCAUGGUGGUGCAGGUGCUGAAGAGGAUCGCUCAGAGUGGGAGCAUCGUGAUGAUGUCGAUCCAUCAGCCAAGUUAUCGGAUUGUAGAGUUGUUGGACCGUCUCAUCAUCUUAUCCCGUGGACAGACAGUGUUCAGUGGAUCUCCGGCCAGUCUCCCUCGGUUCUUGUCGGAAUUUGGGCAUCCAAUACCGGAGAAGGAGAACAUUGCAGAGUUUGCGUUGGAUCUAAUCAGGGAACUUGAAGGGUCACCUGAAGGAAACAAGGGUUUAGUCGAAUUCCACCGAAAAUGGCAGGAGGAGAAGCUAAGCCUUUGCCAAUCGGCCAGAGCCACUCCACGAAUCACCCCACACCAAGGCUUGUCCUUGAAAGAAGCUAUCAACGUCAGUGUCUCCAGAGGCAAACUGGUCUCUGGCUCAGGUGGAGCAAACCCUAAUUCCAUGGCGAAAAUAUCCUCGUACGCAAACCCGUCAUGGCUCGAAACCCUAAUCUUAGCCAAACGAUACGCGAUAAACUGGUCCCGGAUGCCAGAGCUUAUCGGCGUGAGACUCGCCACCGUCUUUAUAACCGGCUUUCUUCUAGCCACUGUGUAUUGGAGAGUGGACGAUACUCCAAGGGGAGUGCAAGAAAGGUUAGGGUUCUUCGCAUUCGCCAUGGCCACCAUGUUCUACUGCUGCGCCGAUAACCUCCCCGUCUUCAUCCAAGAACGAUACAUUUUCUUGAAAGAAACAGCUCACAACGCAUACAGAAUAUCCUCCUACGUUAUAUCUCACUCCCUUGUCUCUCUGCCUCAGCUUUUUGCCCUUUCCGUCGCAUUUGCCGCCACCACGUUCUUCUCCGUCGGAUUAAGCGGCGGUUUCGAUGGUUUCCUUUACUACUGCCUCAUAAUCUACGCGUCCUUCUGGUCGGGAUCCUCCUUCGUCACUUUCGUAUCAGGCGUCGUCCCCAAUGUCAUGAUAAGCUACAUGGUCACCAUCGCCUUCCUCUCCUACUGUCUACUCUUCGCCGGAUUCUACAUCAACCGGGAUCGGAUCCCGCCUUACUGGAUAUGGUAUCAUUACAUAUCUCUUCUCAAGUAUCCGUACGAGGCUGUUCUUCAGAACGAGUUCAGUGGCCCCUCUCGCUGUUAUAUCAGAGGAAUUCAGGUUUUCGACAAUACAAUUCUUGCCGAAGUGCCUGAAUCGAUGAAGGUUAAGCUUCUAGGAACACUGAGCAGUGCUCUGGGGAUGGAGAUAACAGAAUCAACGUGUCUGAGAACGGGCUCCGAGUUGCUUAGACAACAAGGCAUCACUCAGCUGGACAAAUGGGAUUGCUUGUGGGCCACGGUAGCUUGGGGUUUCUUCUUCAGGACAUUGUUCUACUUCUCCUUGUUGCUUGGGAGCAAGAAUAAGAGACGGUGAAAAGUUUGUAUUGUUCGGACAUUUCUGUAUGUUGUUGUCGAACAUGUAUUACAUGUACACAUGCAUGCAUGUCGAAUAUGUGUUGAUACAUGCAUGCAUGCAUGAGUUCCUGCAAUGGCAUGUGCUAGCAACUAGCAAGCAAGUGAAGCUUCGUAUUGUUAUUCCUGAACUUGUAAAUUGUAAUAACUCUCUAUAAUAUAUAUAUGAUAAAGCCUAUAUUUAAUUUUAUU